AUGACGAGUGCAAGAGCGAAUCAUGCAUCGGUUCCUUUUCUCUCUCCCCCCACAGAUUCCCGUUGCUUCCUGACGCAGGGAGGCUCCGUGGAAAACUUUUUCGUCAGGGAGAGUCUUCCCGUCGGCAGCACCAUCGGAACGCUCCGACUCGAGGGCGACGCCAGCGCUAACGGAGACAUCUACCUCAGACUCAAGGAGAAGAAUUCGCCCGUCCAGAUCUCAGACAACUCCAAGAACCUCACACUCACCAAGAAGCUAGAUAAAGAAGGAAAAGAUGGCGAGGCUCACGUCAUCGUCAACGUCAUAUGCGAUCGUAGGGGAACCACGGACCCGAGCUUCACCAUCCCAGUCAACAUUCGGGUGACGGAUGACAACGACAACGCCCCCGUAUUCGUCAACGCUCCGUAUUACGUGAAUGUCUCGGAGGUGACGGUCAUCGGGACAGUCAUCGUCGGAGACAUCUUGGCCGUCGACGAUGAUCAGCAAGGGCCCUUUUCCACAGUGCAAUACUCCAUCCUGCCCGGGCCUUACUCGGACAUGUUCGCUUUCGAGUCCCCUCUGCGCGGCGCCCUUGUGCUCAAGCAGCCUCUCGACUACGAGCGUCUGCCUGUCUUCAAUAUUACUAUUCUCGCCCAGGACCAGGCAGCAGAGGCUCGCAGCAGCAGCACAGUAGUCACCAUUCAAGUCCAAGAUGCUGAUGACCAGAAUCCAGCCUUUGCCCGGGAUCAUUAUAUGGCUGUGAUCCCAGACAACCCAGUUAAGGGUACACCCAUUGAGGUGCAGCCAGAGACAGUCAGUGCUGUGGAUAGGGACGCAGGUAUCAUGGCAGAGGUUACUUACUCCUUCAGUAGAGAUGAGGAAGCAGCAAGGUAUUUUAAAAUUGAUCCCAAAACAGGGGAGGUUUCUCUCUCCAUGAACUUGCCUGAUGAUCAGCUUCACCAGCCAGCCACACUUGUUGUCAGGGCUACACAAGUUGAUAACCCUGAUCGCUAUGCCCUGACAACAGUGACCUUGUCCAGAAGGGGAUACUAUUCAACUCAACUUCAGUUUGUCCAGCGAGAUUAUGUAGCAACAGUCUUGGAGAACUUACCUAAACACUCUCUCAUUGCUCCUACUAUAAUAAAUAAGAACAUUGAUUCGAAUAUCCGUUUCAGACUGGAAAGGAAUGGUGAUGGGGUAUUUGGUAUCUCAUCAUCUGGUCAGAUCAUUCUUGAGUUUGAACUUGACUAUGAAUUAAAGCAAGAAUACAAUCUGCAUAUUUAUGUCACAGAUGGAGAAUUUAAUGAUACCGCAACACUGAGAGUACAAGUUCUCAAUGUGAACGACUGGGAUCCACGAUUCCGUUACCCACAGUAUGAGUUCUACGUUACAUCCACCACACUCAGACCAGGAGAUGCUGUGGGCACCAUAGAAGUUGCAGAUGGUGACCGUGGGGACCAAAUCACUCUCACUGUUAUGGGGGAGGACGCAAGAAUGUUUGCCAUCUCAAGUGAUGGAGAACUGAGGGUCAGAGACCUUACAACACUCAACUCUACAGAAGCCCACAUUGUUAUCCAGGCAAAGGACUCUGGUUCUCCACCAAGGAUGGCAUCUGCCCCAGUGACCAUCAAUUUUCCCGCUGGCAUGGUCAAGUCGUCACCCCUUGGCGCCACCUCAAGCUUCCUGCUCAUGGUCAUUUUUGGUGCUCUGCUUGGGGUCUUCGUCCUUGUGAUCAUCUGCCUUGCAAUAUACAUCCACAAAAAUAAAAAAUACCGAGAUGACAACGAUGCAGCGUUACCAACCAAGAUGAGCCAGAUUGUGACAAAUAAUGUUCCUCACACCAAACUGGACCCUCUCUCACCUCUCAAUCACCAGAUGCAAGGAAAUGGGAGACAGAUGACCCCCAUUGGCAGUCCCAUGCCAACUGGAGCAUUGGCUGGGAUUGAGGAACCAACGGCAAAUGAUCACGUCAAUAACAAUAAUGCUCACACUAAUAACAAUAAUUAUGGAGGUGGUGGCAGUGUUAGAGCCAGCACAAUUUCAGUUCGUUCAAAUCUUGGUGGUGGCCCUGCCCACGGAAGUCGCCGCUAUCUAAAGAACCCCCUAGCCAAUGGUUCUUUACCCGCGGCUUCAUCAAACACUUCAGACCAACCACAUGGAAUUGACGGCCAUUCUUUAAAUGGGACCGUCAGAUCCCACUCAACUACAGCUUCAACAGCUUCUUUAAAUGAUAGUCUAGACCCACAGAUCAGAUCCUCUACAGUGAGUAUAGGAGGAAGGAGUUCUAUUGGAAUGAGUCCAUCUCCAAUGGGGUCAGCCCGGGCUCUAGGUGGCCUCCCCCAUAGCAACAAAGUUGGUCCCGCCCCCACUCCUCCCCCACCCCCAGCCAACACACCUUUCCCUGAACAGUCAUCCCCGGGAGGCCUGUCCACUGUAUCACUGGACUCGCUACCUACCAAAAUUGCGUGGCCUCAUGGGUCCAUUCCAAAGAGAGUAAAGAAGUUAUCUUGGGAAGAUGAACUCAGCAAUAAGACGGAGUUGGAUCCUGAAGUCAGUGUCACUCCGAUGCCUCAGUCAUCCGUCUCGGACACUCCAAAUCUCACCGUCUACUUCUAAGAUUGUAUAUGAAGUCACCUCUCGUGAAUGUCUUCCUGAGAGCCUGAUGCAAGGGCCCCUCAAUCUCAUAAUCUGUGUGUUAUGGACUUCAGUGUUAUAUAAUCUGUGAGUUAUGAACCUGAAUGUUAUAUAAUCAGUGUACUAUGGACCUGAAUGAUAUAUGUGCAUUUAGGGAGCCCAGUGAUAUGGACCCACCAGUGUAAACUCCAGAAGAAACACUUAACGAGCCUGUAAUUGUUGCCUUACGUGGUUGUAUAAGUGGAGUAAGUUUACUAGAAUGAUGGACUAGUUGUGUCAGACAUAGACAGAUUUUAUAUUCUGGUGCAUUAUCAGAGCAUUAUAUUUUCAGAUGCCUUGAAAAAUCAGGAUCAGAUAAAUAUUAUUUGUCAUCCCAGAAAACACAGUGAAGUGUGUUAAUCAUAUAAAAUGCUAGUGACCAUGGAAUCUUUUGGCCAAGGUAAUAUGUGGUCAAAGGAAAGCAUACAUAGAAAAUGUGUGUAUAUAUGAGAAAAAUAUUUAAGCAGAUAAUGAAGAUGAAACAGGACUCUGUGUUUGGUUUUGUAAAUGUAUGAAAAAACACAUUAAAUUUGGCUAUGGACCUAAAUACUUAAAAGUGAUGAGUAUCAUCAUUUUGAAUAGUUCCUGGCAAUCCUAGGGUUGCAAUUUGCUCCUUAAGCCAUGUGUUAAAUGUAUCAUUUACUAAUGCUUGUAACUUUCUUGUGUCAUGUACUAUUUUCAUGCACCAUGUUUUUUGUGCUGUCAUCCAUUGCAUUGUUUUGUAAGCAGUGUAGCAUUUGUAUCUGUAAAGUACACUAGCAGUAAAUCUGCUUUUUCAAUCUGUCUGUUGUUUUCUGAAUUUAGAGAAUUCACCAGUGCAGCUGAUUAUUGUGUAAUUGUGGUUUUGCAUCACAUAUGUUUAGCAGUUUCUAAAUGAUGACAGCAUUGUUGGUAAUUCUUUAUUACUCUUAAACAAGGCAGAUUUCAUGUUACAAGGCUUAUUAUACUGUAUAACUUCCUUCUUUAAUCCAAGGGGCCAAACCAUCUCAGAAUCCCUACUUGUAGCACAUAUUUCAGCAGGUAUAAUUGUAUAGUACACUAACUUCAUGCUUGUGAAAAGUCUUUGAAAUGCAUUGUAGACGUGCACAAGAGAUGUUUAGUAUUACCUCUUUCUUGCCAUUUCAGUUCUUUCUACAAAUAUUUGAAAUAAAAAAACUAUCAUUGUGCUACAUAUGUGUGUGUGUGUGUGUGUGUGUGUGUGUGUGUAUGUAU